AUGUGUCAAAUGUCAGGAGCACGCAGACUUACACCUUGCUCCCCCAGAGGAAUUGUCUUCAAUGCUAUCCCCAUGGCCAUUCUACCAAUGGGGCAUGGACAUAUUGGGACCAUUCCCAAUCGCCAUGGGAGGGGUCAAAUGGUUGCUAGUAGCAAUCGACUACUUCACCAAAUGGAUCGAGGCAGAGGCUUUAGCCACGAUAUCAGCCAAAAAUUCAAUCAAAUUCUCCAAGACUUGCAUGUCAAACACCGAUACACAUCGGUUGAACUUCCACAAACAAACGGAUUGGCAGAAGCUGCAAAUCGAGUCCUCAAACGCGGAUUGGAAAGAAGAUUAGAAGCAGCUAAAGGAGACUGGUCCGAACAGUUAGACUUUGUGUUAUGGGGAUACAGGACAACCAAACAUUCAACUACGGGAGAAACCCCGUUUCGCAUGGUUUGCGGUAGUGAAGCCAUGAUCCCAGUGGAAAUUGGAGAACCAUCAUGGAGAAGGAUGUACACAAAUGAAGACAGCAACUCACAAGCAUUGCUUCAUAAUUUAGACGCAAUCGAGGAAGCGCGCAAAGUUGCGCAUGUCAAAGAAAUAGCGCUCAAACAGAGAAUAGAAACGUGCUAUAACUCAAAGGUUGUCAGACGAAGCUUCAACGUCGGCGACUUAGUCCUGCGCAGAGCCGACAUCGGCAAUAAGAACGCGUGGCAAGGUAAAUUGGCCGCAAACUGGGAAGGUAUCUAUCGCAUCUACAGCAAAACAGAUAAGGGGGCGUAA